GAAGGCUGAAACGAAGGACGUUAACGAAGUGUUCGGCGUCUCUAUUGACAGGCGGAAGCUGAGCGCGGCUCGCUCACCAAGUCGCUGGUCGUCAGCGUCGUCAGCGCGCUGUGCGGCAUGUUCGUCUUCGGCUACAACACGGGGGUCAUCAACUCGCCCAAGAAGGACGUGAAGCAGUUCAUCGUGGACGUUUACGUCGAGCGAUGGGGCGUUGUGCCCGACGACGACGUCCAGGAGGACCUCUUCUCCUUCAUCGUGGCCAUCUUCGCCCUCGGCGGCCUGAUCGGCGGCUUCGGCGCGGGCUGGAUAGCGAACGGACUGGGAAGGAAGGGUGGUUUACUGCUGACUAGCGCUGCAGGCAUUGUGGCCUCCCUCAUGCUGGGCUUCGCUCGCAUGGCGGGGUCCCACGAAAUGCUGCUCGCGGGCCGGUUCCUCAUCGGCGCCUGCUCCGGUCUCUUCACUUCGCUGUCGCCCAUGUACAUCUCGGAGGUGGCGCCCAUCAACCUGCGAGGCCUGCUCGGCGUCUGCAACCAGCUUAGCGUCACCGUCGCCGUGCUCGUCGCCCAGCUCCUCGGCUCCGACUUCGGCCUCCAGCAGUGGGACCUGCUGCUCGGGCUGUCCGCCGUGCCCUGCGUCCUCCAGCUCGUGCUGCUGCCCUUCUGCCCCGAGUCGCCGCGCUACCUGCUCCUGACCGCCGAUAGGAAGGAGGACGCCGUCACAGCCCUCUCCUGGCUGCGGGCCGCGCCCCCCGCCCACGUCCGCCACGAGGUCCAAGCAAUGGAGGAGGAGGAACAAGGAGCCGAGCCGCCAAUGGGGAUCCUGCAGCUGCUCGCCAACUCGUCGCUCAGACGGCCCCUGGCCAUCGCAGCUGUGCUGCAGCUGUCCCAGCAGCUGUCUGGCAUCAACGGGGUCCUGUACUACUCCACGGACAUCUUCAAGCGUGCCGGUCUGGACGAGAGCGCGGCUAAGAACACGACGGUGGGCGUGGGCGGCGUGAUGGUGCUCAUGACGCUGCUGUCUGCGCCCUUCGCCGACCGGGCGGGCCGGCGCGCGCUCAUGCUCGUCGGGCUGGUGGGCAUGUUCGUCACGUCGCUGGCCGUGACGGGCACGCUCGCGCUGUCCGACUACUCGGCCAUGCGCGCGCUCGCCAUCGUCUCGGUGCUCGCCUUCGUCGUGCUGUUCUCGGUGGGGCCGGGCUCCAUCCCGUGGCUCAUCACGGCCGAGCUCUUCUCGCAAGGGCCCAGGCCCGCCGCCGUCUCCGUGGCCACCAUCGUCAACUGGACGGCCAACCUCGCCGUCGGCCUCGCCUUCCCGCCACUGCAGAAAAAGCUGGACUACCUGGUGUUCGCGCCCUUCUCGGCGCUGCUGCUGGCGUUCUCGCUCUUCACCGCCUUCCUCGUCCCCGAGACCAAGAACAAGACCUUCCGGGAGAUUGCCGACUCGCUGAGAUGAGCUGGAAGGCAGCAAGGGGAAGAAGAAGAAGGGUAGUGUCACCGAGUGUCGAUGAUUAGUCGACACACGCGCCUCUCCGGCUCCAGCGCCGGGGAUAUCUUCUCCACGCACCGGGAGUAUGUCGGCCGGCUGGGGUAGCUCCGCCCAGCCGCCCCGCUCCCCCUCGGCUCCAGAGCAGCUCCAGGCAACCUCAAGAAUACAUUAUUAGCCUGAACGCGUGGUGGACAAAAGAGAGACGAUUUUUGUGCCAGACAAAAGGCAGUCCUUAUCAGAGGGGUAGUAGAUGAGAGCAGGGGGCGGCGGCGGCGAGCGGUGAAACGCCGACUCACCCCCGACUCAUCCCCGGCGCCGCCGCCGCCGCCGUCGUCCCCGCAACGCGCAUCACGAGAAGUAGUUACGCGCGCCCGCGGAUUUGGAAAGAUACGCCCGCAUCAUCUGGCAGUUCCUCGUAGAGGAAGCCGCCGCGGGGCAGAAUGCGCAGUGUCAUCGAACCCUCCAACUUGUUAUCGCGGAACAUUGUUUCAUAAUCCUCCUCUCAUGGUCAUUUGGUCAUAUAACGUUAUUAGUACUUUAAGAGCCCCCUGAUUAUACGUGUGCGUCGUUCAAACACUCCUAUCAUCUAUGACGCUCAGAAAUUAUAGUUUUAUUCGCACUCUGUACGGUUAUAUACAACCGCCUUCACUCAACGUUGGAUAUUACUGUUCGCUGCUACGUUGAUGUACGUGCAUGUGAAAUACUUGCGUCAAUAUUACUCGAGACGGAAUAGUCAAAUAAUCGGGCAAAGCA